AUGGCCGGGGCCGCCCGGAGCGUCGCCGCCGCUGCCGCACGCACGUGGUAUGCCUGGAUGUCCCUGCCCUGGUUGUGGCAUGGCGGGCCAAAGGCUCCUCUUCCUCACUGCUCUUGCCCUGGAGCUUCUGGGUGGGGCUGGGGGUUCCCAGCAGGCCCUCCGGAAUCGGGGGGCUGCAGCUGCCUGUCGCCUGGAUAACAAGGAAAGUGAGUCCUGGGGGGCCCUGCUGAGCGAGGAGAGGCUGGACACUUGGAUCUGCUCCCUCCUGGGCUCACUCAUGGUGGGGCUCAGCGGGGUCUUCCCACUGUUCGUCAUUCCCCUGGAGAUGGGGACCACGCUGCGCUCAGAAGCUGGGGCCCGGCGCCUAAAGCAGCUGCUCAGCUUUGCCUUGGGAGGACUCUUGGGCAAUGUGUUUCUCCACCUGCUGCCCGAGGCGUGGGCCUACACGUGCAGCGCCAGCCCUGGUGGUGAGGGGCAGAGCCUGCAGCAGCAACAGCAACUGGGGCUGUGGGUCAUUGCUGGCUUCCUGACCUUCCUGGCGUUGGAGAAGAUGUUCCUAGACAGCAAGGAAAAGGAGGGGACCAGCCAGGCCCCCAGCAAAGACCCCGCUGCUGCCGCCACGCUCAAUGGAGGCCACUGUCUGGCCCAGCCGGCUGCAGAGCCUGGCCUGAGCGCUGUGGUCCGGAGCAUCAGAGUCAGUGGCUAUCUCAAUCUGCUGGCCAACACCAUAGACAACUUCACUCACGGGCUGGCUGUGGCUGCCAGCUUCCUUGUGAGCAAGAAGAUCGGGCUCCUGACCACCAUGGCCAUCCUCCUGCACGAGAUCCCCCAUGAGGUGGGCGACUUUGCCAUCCUGCUCCGGGCCGGCUUUGACCGAUGGAGCGCAGCCAAGCUGCAGCUCUCGACGGCACUGGGGGGCCUGCUGGGUGCCUGCUUCGCCAUCUGUACGCAGUCCCCCAAGGGAGUAGAGGAGACCGUGGCCUGGAUCCUGCCCUUCACCUCUGGCGGUUUCCUCUACAUCGCCCUGGUGAAUGUGCUGCCUGACCUCCUAGAGGAAGACGACCCAUGGCACUCCCUGCAGCAGGUGCUUCUGCUCUGCACGGGCAUUGUGGUGAUGGUGCUGUUCUCAGUCUUCAUUGAGUAACCAUUCCUGAUGCCCCGCCCCCCGCACAGCAAUAAGAGACUCGGAUUCACUCUGUGACCGUGUGUGAGGCAGAGAGGGCGAAUGCCCGUGAGAGCGAGCCUCCGACCAGAGGAUGAUGUGCGUGUGUGUGUAUGUAUGUGCAUGUGUGACCAGAGGUGUGUGCGAGACCAACACUGUGAUCCCUCGUGCGCUGGGCCCAGGACCUAAUGCCCGCGCCUCCCGCAGCCAUGCUGUGGUCCUCUCCUUGCCACUCUGUCAUCUUGCACUUCCCGGAGUGAGCAGUGAGGAACAGCAGCACCGGUCCCAAGCAGAGGCUCUCCCCACUGGGACCCCAAGAGGAGUGAGAGCAGCUGAAGGAGCUCAGGGCUGCAGGAAGCCCCGAAGCUGUCUCCUGCUGGGGCCUCAUGGGUCCCUGGCCUGAGGGAGUUAACCCCUCUGCUCACGCGCCCAGCCCUGGGCAGCCAGGGGCAGAGGCUGGGGCGUCUUCUCUCUGCCACGUUCAUUGUGCUGGCCCUUCCUUCACCAGCUCUAAGGCCAAAGAAAGGAGAGGCAGGUGCUCAUAGCCCCCAGCCCCACUCAGCACUGACAGUCCUGUCCCUCCCAGCGUGGAGCUGGGAGAUGCUUCCUAAGACCUUUUCCUCACGGCUGCCUGCCCUGGGCCAGCUCCCGUUCCCCCAGUGAAUGCUCCCUGGCAGCGCCAGCAGCUCUCGCCACCUCCAGCUGCCAAAAACAGCAGCCUGCAGGGCAGCACGCAGCCCCGGGCCAGAGAGGCCUCCCAGUCCAGCUCAGGGAUGCUCACGCCAGCACAGGGUCCGGGCAGAUGCUCUGGGGGUGGGAAGAGAGUCAGCCAUGGCUGCCUCCCCUCCCCUUUUCCUGUCCCACUGCGGGUGGGGGUGCAGUGGGGGUGGCGCGGGCUCCACGUUGUCAGCGCUCAGGAAUGUGCUCUGGGAGAAUGCUGAAGCCAUAAUCCCCAGCUAUUUCCCUUGGCUGACGCCCAGGUACUCAGCUGGCCCACUGCAUGGCCAGACUCCAGCCCUGCUGCUCGGCCCUGGGAAGUGGCCAUCAAGGGGCUCUGAAUGGUUUUACAGCAGUUUUGCUGUGGUUCCGUUUGUAUCUGUAAAUACCUGUUCUAUAGAUGAGAUGCAAAUAAAUAUUAUA